UAUGACACUUUACAUUGGCAACAUUACUACUGCCAUGAUUUGGCGUUUACGCUGUCACAUAGAUUUCGAGAAGAAAUUAUAAAAAUGUUUUGUGAAAAAAUGAAGUGGGUCCACGUUUUUUACGUCUCGAUAUUAGUAUCUCCUAUAUUUGCAGAAUGGAACACACGAGAUUACGUGAGAAGAGAACAUUCUCUAACAAAACCCUACCAAGGGAGUGGAAUGUCGGUGCCUUACUGGGACUUUUUAGGUAGCACAAUAGUUACUUCGAAUUACGUUCGUCUGACGCCCGAUUUGCAAUCAAAGUCUGGUGCUAUUUGGAAUACAGUGCCAUGUCACACACGCAACUGGGAGUUACAAGUGCAGUUCAAAGUGCACGGUCGCGGCAAAGAUCUGUUCGGAGAUGGGUUCGCGAUAUGGUACGUGCGCGACCGCAUGCAUCCUGGCCCGGUGUUCGGGAGCAAGGACUACUUCACAGGACUAGCUAUUAUUCUGGACACGUACAGUAACCACAACGGCGCUCAUAAUCACCAACACCCAUACAUCUCAGCGAUGAUAAGCAACGGCACGCUGCACUACGACCACGACCGCGACGGCACACACACUCAGAUAUCCGGCUGCGAGGCUAAGUUCAGAAACUACAACCAUGACACGCACAUUUCUAUUAUGUAUAGAGAUGAUGUGCUUACUGUGUCGACGGAUUUGGACGGUAAGAACGCGUGGAAGGAGUGCCUCCGGGUGGAGAACGUGCAGCUGCCUACGGGUUACUACUUCGGCGCGUCGGCCACCACCGGCGACCUGAGCGACAACCACGACAUCAUCGCCGUAAAGAUGUACGAGCUGGACUUGCUAGAGACGCAAAACAAGGAUGAGGACCGCUCUAACAUAAUUCCAUCAGCGGCGUCGUUCGAAGCGCCUCGAGAACGCGUGGAGGACACCAAACCCGCCAUGUCCGGGGUCAAGACCUUCCUCUACAUGAUGGGGGUUGCGAUCAUCAUCAUAGUGCUCGUAGUGCUGGGCAUCAUGUGGUACCAGAAACGGCAGGAACAUUCCAGAAAGCGGUUGUACUAAGCGUUGUUUACUCGAUUGGCGGUUUGAUCUUAGUGGAUGGCAUUUUUUUAAUGAUUCAGUGCAGGUAUUGAAAAUUAGAGUACAAGAGUUGUGAUGGUUACGAAUAUAAAAAAAAAAAAUCCUUUUCUAAAAAGUAUCAACUUUUAUUCAUACCUUGAUGGAAAUCCAAUAUUGAAUCGCCAAUCGAUGUUAAAAAAAUACAAUUUUUUUUUAAAUUGGCACAUUCCUGAUUUAUGUUUAUGAUUUAAAAAAAAAAAAGAAUAAUAAUGCAUCACAGUAUUCAUUUUUUAAAUAAGGAAUGUCUAUGGAUUUUGUUCCUCAAAUCGUAUUUUUAGAUGUGACCACACAUAACUUAUCUAGAUAUUCACCAAACGACAUUCUACAUUAAUUUUGGUUAAAUUCAUACUUUAUUUCGACAUGCUUAUUAAAGUAAAGUCCCUGCCAUUUUAAUUUUCAAUGACGUAAUUUUUAAUUCUACGACAAUGCACAGUCUCUACAAGACUAAUAUUUAUCAUAUUUGCCGUUAUAAAUAAACUAGUAAUAAACCUUGAACUAAACACAUGAAUAGCCUCAUAAGAAACCCUUAUAAUUUGUAUGAUAUCCUCUAAUAAAACUUCCCAAACAAUCUACACAAGUCUUCUAACAUAAUAAUAAUUUACAAUUAAGUUAACCAUGUAUGUAGUUUUUUAGCUCUCUGGGUUUUUGUGCAUAUCUUUUACACUCAUCUGGUCAUAUCAUAGUCGUUAUAUUCACGUCUAUUUUCUCUAACAUAUAAUUAAGAAGUAAGUUUAUGCCAAUCCUUGUAAGAAACUAUUUACCAGACUGAUAUUUAUGGUAACUACUAAUAUCAUUAUAGAGCGUACAGUUUUUAUUCACACUUAUUCAGAAUAUUUGUCGAGGGGGUAAUUAAAUUAUGCGUAAGCCAGGUUUUUCGGUAAGCUACUAUCGAAUGCAUAAUACUUAUUUAUUCGUAUUCAUUUAAAUCUGCUCAUCAUCAUUUUUAAUAUGGUCAUGUAGAAAUAAAAGUCAAACUGGAUUUAAAUAAUAUUUUUAUUUACGAACAAUUCAGAGGCUGAAAAUAUACUAAAGGACAGACUAAGUAAAAAGUAAAAACUCUAAAUUAAUAGAAAGUUUGAUUUUUAUUUACAGAUUAAUUUAAGUAAUGGUAGAAAGGUAUUUCAUAUAUUUAAAAUUCAAAUUAUUGAUUAGUUUAUAUACUGCCUGGGCUGUGAAUUUUUAUGUAAACACAUAGAAUGUAACCUAUUUUAAAAUAUUGCAUAUUGAAAAAUAUUUUUAUUCAGUCCAGGUUAAUGAAAGUAAAGCAAUACAAUAUAUGAUCAUUUACAUUGGAAAUAUAUUACAUGAGUAAGGGAAUGUGUAGAUGAUUAUAUAAUAGGUUCAUUGUUAUUUUUAAUAAGUUUUAAUAUAUACAUCAGCCUUGUUGAGUUACUAUGAGAAAAUGUUAUCUACUAAAUUAUUCAUCAACCAGUAUAGCCGUUAUAAUUUAUUUGGAUUUGAUAUUACCUAGAUAUCUGAAUCUCAAUUUUUGAUAUAAAGUUCAGAAUCGACAAUUUAAUUUUUAAUUGUACUCUUUUGUGCUGAUGUAUAGUAUUUUAUGUGAAUGAGUGUCGUAUGUAUCUGUGUGUUUUAAUAAAAAUAAUUUAUAAAAUUUUCAA